UUAACGAAAUAUGACUUGACACUUUUUUUGCCCUGUGGUGUUGCUGAUGACAAAACAACAACGGGAGAAGUGCUCAUAUUAAACACAAUCGUCGACUAUAAAACAUAUUUUACAACUGCUGGUCCCCUAGUCAUAAAUAAGGUCAACAGCGGGAUGUAGUCCAUGAAAUGGAGUAUGAUGAGAGACUCGCACUUUUCCGCCAAACCCGCCUCAAUCCCUUCGAUCGCGGAGAAGAAGAUGGUCCCCAGGGAGGCAAGACACCCCUACAGCACGAAGCAAGACCUGAGCUGUUCUCUGGGAACAGAACCCACAGUUCAGAUCGGACCAUGGACCUUGGUCUAGCUGAGGACCACUUCUCAAGGCCUGUGGGUUCCUUUGUGGCUUCUGACAUUGAACAGCUGAAACAGGCCAUAGAGGAGUGUAAGAAGCUUAUCUUGGAGCUGCCUGAGCAUUCUGAGAGACAGAAGGACACUGUGGUCAAGCUCAUCCACCUUCGUCUCAAACUGCAGGAACUUAAGGAUCCUGAGGAAGACGAGCCUAAUCUGAGAAUCCUAUUGGAGCACAGAUUUUCUAAGGAAAAGAGCAAGAGUGUGAAACAGACCUGUGAUAAAUGUAGCACUAUUAUCUGGGGCCUCAUCCAGACUUGGUAUACCUGCACAGGUUGCUAUUAUCGUUGCCAUAGCAAGUGUAUGAACCUGAUCACCAAGCCUUGUGUGAGAUCAAAGGUCAGCCACCAGUCAGAGUAUGAGCUCAGCAUCUGCCCUGAGAUCGGACUAGACCGCCAAGACUACCGUUGUGCAGAAUGUCGCACACCUAUUUCACUGAGGGGCGUGCCAAGUGAGGCCAGACAAUGUGACUACACAGGCCAGUAUUAUUGCAGCACGUGCCACUGGAAUGACACAGCCAUCAUCCCAGCUCGUGUCAUCCACAACUGGGAGUUUGAACCACGCAAGGUUUGUCGUUCCUCAUUGCGCUACCUGGCCCUGAUGAUAUCACGACCUGUGCUGAAGCUGAAAGAAAUUAACCCACUGUUGUUCAAUUUUGUGGAGGAGCUGGUUGAAAUCAGAAAACUUCGUCAGGAUAUUCUGCAGAUGAAACCCUAUUUUAUCACCUGCAAAGAGGCAAUGGAGGCUCGCCUAUUACUACAGCUACAAGAUCGUCAGCACUUUGUGGAGAAUGAUGACAUGUAUUCACUACAAGACUUGAUUGACAUCUCCAGUGGCAGACUCAGCUGUUCCCUUACAGAGAUCCACACCACGUUUGCUAAACACAUCAAACUAGACUGUGAGCGUUGUCAGGCCAAAGGAUUUGUGUGUGAGCUGUGUAAGGAGGGAGACAUCCUGUUCCCUUUUGACAGUCACACCUCAGUCUGCAAUGACUGCUCUGCUGUGUUCCACAGAGAUUGUUACUAUGACAACUCUACAACUUGUCCACGAUGUGCCCGAAUGACUGAGCGCAAGCAGGAUGAGGUGUCAGAUGUCAAAGAUGCUUAACUCUGGAGAGGACCACCCUGAUGUUACUGGAUGUUGCACUUUGUCUCAUGUUCUACACAGUCAAAAAAGUCUGAUAGGAGACAACUUUUCAGCUUUGGUUUCUUUUGUGUGUAGUGUUUUUAUCUACCUGUGCACUACACUAUGAAGCAGGGUACACAGAAACCCAUCUGGA